AUGGAGAAGGUCUCCUGGACGGCUUUCCUCUCGGAGUCUUAUGACCUCCUCUGGAAGCUCUUCAUUCGACCACCAAGGUCCGAGUACCUCAUCUCCGAUCUUGGGCCCAGCAAGUUCCGGAUCCACUCGCGAAUCUACUGCCGCGAGGACUUCCACCUGACCAACGGCCGUGGGAUGCGGCUGGCCUGCAGCAUCUUCGGAUCUUAUCCCAACAAGCAGCCAAUGGCCUCGACACCGUGCGUCAUCUACCUGCACGGGAAUUGUUCCUCGCGGGCAGAGGCUUUGGAUGUUCUGCAGGUCGUGCUGGAGAAGAACUUCAGACUCUGUUGCAUGGACCUCUCCGGGUCCGGCCAAAGCGAGGGGGAGUUCAUCUCUCUCGGCCAUUUCGAGCAGUUGGACUUGCAGGUCUUGAUUCAGCACCUCCGAAAUCUCGGGGCCCGGCUGCUGGGCCUCUGGGGAAGGUCCAUGGGCGCCGUGACGGCGAUCCUCCGCGCCGCGGAGGAUUCCGGCAUCAGCGCGCUGGUGCUGGACUCACCCUUCAGCAACCUGCCCAUGGUGGCCCAGGAGCUGGUCCAAAGCCAGGUUGGCCUCCCCGACUUCCUGGUGUCAUUGGCCUUGAGCCGUGUGCGCACGGAGAUCCAGGAACGCGCGCACUUCGACAUCCAGGAGCUCUUGCCCAUCAGAAGUGCGCCGAGGGCGAGGUCCCCCGCGCUCUUCGCAGUCGCCGACGACGACGACUUCGUGCUGCCGCAUCACACGCACGACCUGCACGCGGUCUGGGGCACCGAAGCCAAGCUGGUGACCUUCCAGGGUGGCCACAAUGGACCCCGUCCGAAGUGGUACCUGGAGCAGGCCGCCGACUUCCUGGAGAUGCGGCUUGUGGACACCUUGCCCACAGCCCCGAGCCCGGGCCCCGUCUUCAAGCGGCUGCCGCCCAAGGAGGAGCCGCUGCUGGCUCGAGACGCCGAGCCCGAGGAGCCGCCCCCUCCGCCUCCUCCGCCGGCCCGGAGGGAGGGUGGCAUGGCAGAG